CAAACUAAUGCAUUAUCAACCAACACUGCUGGGGUUUAAACCUGUAUUCUUUUAACCAAUAUUUUUAAUCACUGCGCCACAGCACCUAUUGGCAAAGAUAACAAAAGUGACAAGGCAGGAUAGGAUAGGAGGGGGGAGCUUCUGGAUGCUCCAGUCUGAGUGACGUCUCUUCCAGAGAUCGGACCGUGUUUUUGCCUCGCGCUCUUGUUUUGCAUUUACAUCAGUUUUUCCGAAACACUUCUGCGACUGGAAAGGUGAAAGUGGCUGUGUGUGAGAAGUCUGUCUAGGAAAAAAUUAAAGCAACUGCAUCCGAUCGUGACAGUUGAGUAUCGCGUCCGAUCGCAUCGCAACCUUGUUAUCGAUUACCGCGAUCAUGUCAGAGGUGUUGCCAUAUGAAAAGAACAUCGCUCAUUAUGGUGAUAAUGGAGAUGAGGAUCAGAUAUCCCUCACCUGUCGACUGCAGAACAACACCAACAACCUCUUUGCUACUACACCCAACAAACGAGCACCGAAACUCGGACAGAUCGGAAGGAGCAAGAGAGUUGUCAUUGAAGACGACAGAAUUGAUGAAGUCCUGAAUAACACGGCAGAAAAGUCUUCAGCGGGUGUGUAGCGCUUAAGGACGUCGGUAAAGAGGCUACAAAUGGGUUACAUGCAUUCUGCAUCAAAUGCACUUUGAGGUUCCACUUAGUAUGGGUUGAAUUUCACAGUGUGACAGCAGGUGAGGAGUUCCUGCUGCUGUUGCUGGCGUCCAGAUGGAAGAAGCUUUCUCUCUUUAAGGGCAUGUUUUAUAUAUCCCUACUUAUAAAGUGAGAUCCUACUGGACAUACAAGUCCUACCGUAUGUUGUAUAAUACAUGUGGAAUUGGUCUGUGGUGGUCAAGGUACCGUUUAUAUUGUGAGAGGAAUGCAUCGGUAUCACAAGCACAAACCUUCGUUCUUUAUUUUGCCGUGGGCGCGUGCUUUCUCUGUAUCUUUUGUGCACAAUGAAAGCAAAGCGUUUCACUUUGAAUAUCCUAAAUGUGAUCUCUUGGAUACGUUUUUUUGAUCGUUCGCAAAGAUUAUGUACUGAGCGAAUGUUUUUUUUAUAUAUAUAUAUAUAGAGAGAGAGAGGGGGGAAAGACUACUUUUUAAAACAUACUUUUUUCAUGUCGUAUAUAUGGCUGCAAACUGCCUGCUUUAGCCUGAAGUGAAAAGCUUAUUUUUAUAUGACGGAGCAAUUAUGUCGAAGAAAUAAAAACUGCUUUUCUGUAGUCGUAGCACUUUGAAAUGUGGUUGUCACUGCUUUAAGCUGAAUGGACUAUGAACACGUUUGUGCCAAAUAGUGCAAAAUAUGCCAGCUUGUGUUUCCGGUCACCCGAGUAAUGUGAAGUUUUUCAAUUCAGGCCUGCCUCUCGUUGAUGUUUUGGGGCUUUUCUAACGGCUUUGCAUGGGAAUGGCACAAACGUCUUUUUUUUGUGGCAGUGAAACUGAUGUACUGUACGUACAGUAAUAUAUUUUAUUGUUAUUUUGAAUGACUCGAACCUCAGACUCUUCAAUAUUGUCUGUGUUGCACUUCCCUAUACUGUUAAACAGGGCUAUGUCUGCAAUGAAAUGAAUGACCAAUAAAGUAUGAUUUUCA